AUGGAGGCCUCAGGCGAACAAGCGCCGCUUCUGGGCUCGGACCUACGAUCCAUUCCCGAGCCUCACGAAAACCUCACUACUCUUCUCAAGCACAACCGCCAUCAUGACUGUCUGGACGACCAAGAUGUGGAAUCAGCGCCGGCGGGAUCCGGCACGCGGGCGGCGGGCGUGGCGCGAAUGGAGGCCGCCUCUGCCCGACUCUCACCCAUGGAGCGCUUCUGGAUAUUCACGGGCAUCUUCUUGACAGGCUAUGCAUACGGGCUCGAGAGCCAGGUCCGGUCCACGUACAUGCCCUACGCCACCUCGAGCUUCUCGGUGCACUCAUACCUGGCCACCAUCAACCUGCUGAGGAGCGUCGUCGCCGUUGCCGUCCAGCCCACGGCGGCCAAGAUCGCCGACGUCUUCGGGCGCUUCCAGGUCGUGGCGGCGUCCACGCUGUUCUACGUCGUCGGCAUGGCCCUUGAGUCGACGUCGGGCUCCGUCUACUCCUUCUGCGCAGGCACCAUCCUCUACCAGAUCGGCUACACCUGUAUCGUGCUGCUGCUGGAGAUCCUCGUCGCUGACUUCUCGUCCAUGCGCGCCCGUGUCUUCUUCAGCUACAUCCCUGCCCUGCCCUUUGUCAUCAACACAUGGAUUAGCGGCAGCAUCACGUCUGCCGUGCUGCGCAUCACCACGUGGCGCUGGGGAAUCGGCAUGUGGUGCAUCAUCUACCCUGUCGCCUCGCUGCCGCUGCUCGUUACCCUCUACUCCAUCGACCGUCGCACAGCGCUCCGGCCCAGGAAUAAGAGCGAGCUCGGACAGGCUUACGACGACCUUCGGAAAUGGAGCGUGCGCUUCUUCGAUCAGGUGGAUGGCAUCGGGCUCGUCACUCUGGUCACGGCGUUUAGUCUUGUCCUCACGCCUCUGACGAUUGCGGGCGGAACCGUAUCUCAUUGGAGGAACCCGCAGGUGGUCAUCCCGCUGGUCGUCGGGCUGACUUGCGUUCCCGUCUUUAUCCUGUGGGAGAAGAACGGCGCCAGAAACCCCCUGGUCCCCUUCCAUCUCUUGAAGGAUCGUGGCGUCUGGGCGGCCCUGGCCGUGCGGAGCUUGCUCAACUUUGCCUGGUACGUGCAGGGAAACUAUCUGUAUACCGUCCUCAUUGUUGCGUUCGACUUCCCCAUCGAGAGCGCGACCCGGAUCCUGUCCUUCUUUUCCUUUUUCGGCGUUGUGAGCGGCGUUGCCGUGGGCCUCCUCAUCUACAAGUUUCGACGACUCAAGCACAUCAUCGUCAUUGGCACCAUUCUGUUCAUGGUCGCUCUGGGCGUCCUCAUUCGAUUCCCCGGAGGAGCGACUGCGACAUCCAGGGCCGGGCUCAUUGGCGGCCAGAUCCUUCUCGGCCUCUCCAGCGGCUUGUUUGCUUAUCCCACGCAAGCUUCGAUCCAGGCAUCAGCCUCUCGAGAUCACGUCGCCAUCUUGACGGGCCUCUACCUCUCUUUUUACAAUGUCGGCAGCGCACUCGGCACCUGCUUGUCUGGGGCAAUUUGGACCCAGACUCUAUACCCGACGCUGGAGGCGAGCCUUGCUUUCCAGCCCAACACGACGCUGGCACGAGCCAUUUACGAGAAUCCAUUUCACAUUGUUUCGCAAUACCCAGUGGGCACCGAGAUUCGAGGCGCCAUUAUUCACAGUUAUGAAAGCGUUCAGCGGUCUCUUUGCAUCACGGGCAUGUUUAUCUGUUUGCCCAUGAUUUGUUUUGCAUUAGCGCUGCGAAAUCCCAAGCUCUCGGAUCGACAAGUGCAGGAAGACGCAGAGGAUGUGACAGCACACGAUGCAUGA